UUGGUAAAGGGUGUAAUUAGCAGUUUUCAAAGAGUUCUUUCGGUGUUGUGAUUUUUUAUUUUACUAAUUAUUAAAAUCUUCGGAACCCUAAGACCUCCUUAUCGGAACCCUAAAAUCCCAACCGUGAUCUUCAGCUUCCGAAGCGAUUGAAAUGGAAGUAUCAUGGUUGAGUGCAAUUUUGGUCGGUGCCGGUUAUCUCGCUUUCGGUUACUUCAUUGGUUCUCACUAUCCCCAUCGUUUCUUUUUCUCCAAUAGAUUUUCAUCCCCUAAAGACAAAGAUGCUUCGCUUCUCAAUAACAACAACAACAGUAAGCAGAAGAAGAAUAGUAAGCCCAAAACCAAAGACUCACUUGAGGUUGAACAGCUCGCGGAAAUUCUCGAGGAUUUUAAGAUGAUACUCGUUGUAAGAAAUGAUCUUAAAAUGGGUAAAGGAAAAAUUGCAGCUCAAUGCAGUCAUGCAACAUUGGGACUCUACAAAAAGGUUCUUUAUCGAGCUCCAAAAGCUUUAAAUAGGUGGGAGAUGUCCGCACAGCCCAAGGUUGUUGUCAAAAUUGAAAGUGAGGAAGAUAUGCUGGCUUUGCAAGAAAGAGCUAAAUCUCUGAAGUUACCUACUCAUAUAACAAUUGAUGCUGGGCGAACACAGAUUGCACCAAAUUCCAGAACGGUGAUGGCAAUUCUCGGACCUGUUGAAGUGGUAGAUGAGGUAACAGGUGGACUGAAACUUCUUUAAUUGUCCAAUGAAGGCGGUUAGUUAUUCACCGUUGGGUGUUCAUGAAGGACGUGUUCAUGAAGGAUAAGACUUUAAACGAUAUGGAACUUUACGUCCUUAGAGCCCCGGGAAGAUUUGGCAUGUUCUUUACCCACUCAAAAUUUUGUAGUUUAUUUUCAGUUGACAGUAAUGAUGACGAUGAAAAACUUGUACUUGGAAUCACGAAACUAGUAGUAAAUACAGACGGUUGCAAUUCAUUGUUUUAUCUGAAA